CAGCUCUGAGCACCAACUGGUGGCUCCGGCUCGCCAUUCGAGAGAGGGAGGGAGGGAGGGAGCAAAAGAAAAGGGAGAACGGAGGAAGCAGACCUGAGUGCAGUGAGUCGGAGACUUCUGGCUUUCUCUCCCCUAUUUUCCUGUGUGAACCGGGACAUGCUGCCAACCCGAAUGUGUCCUGCUUGAAGCUGCUGUCUGACCGCAAGCCUUCAGAUUUAACGGUGGCAGCUGGACUCCCUGACAUUGCAGCCAUGACUUCUUGCCAGAAUACCGUUCAUCAUGUCGCUGUCCAUGCGGCCUGUGCGCCGCAUUUUGUUUACUGGAAUUACUAGGAGUCAUUCUUUUGCUGGAGUCAAUUCGCCACAAGACAAAGCAUUCAGGAAGCUAAAAGUGUUCAGCACCCCAACAACACACAGGAAAACUGCCUCUCGAGCUGGCAAAAUGUUCAACAUUUCUCAUAAAUCGCUCCCACCCAAGAAUCCCCAGCCUGAACGGUUGGAUGAGGUUUAUGAAGCUUUAAAAAAGGGCCUAAAUGCAUACUUGCAAGUUCAUCAGCUGGAGCUCGACAACUUAACAGCGCAACUCAAAGAUAUGAAAAGAAAUUCCAGAUUAGGAUUUCUGUAUGAUCUUGAUAAGCAAAUCAAGUCAAUUGAAAGGUUUAUCCGCAGACUGGAGUUUCAUGUUAGUAAGAUUGAUGAGCUGUAUGAAUCUUACUGCAUCCAGCGAAGAUUACGGGAUGGUGCAAACAACAUGGUGCGCGCGUAUACUGUGUCUCAAACCAGCAAAGAAGCAAGGGAGAGCUUGGCUGAAGCUAACAAGGGCUACAAGGAAUACACAGAGAGUAUGUGCACAAUGGAAAGUGAGCUUGAGAACCAGUUAGGAGAAUUCCAUGUGAAAAUGAAAGGGCUCGCAGGAUUUGCACGUCUCUGCCCAGGAGACCAGUAUGAGAUAUUCAUGAAAUAUGGCCGCCAGCGGUGGAAGUUGAAAGGUCGCAUUGAAGCAAAUGGGAAGCAAGUGUGGGACGGCGAGGAGAUGGUAUUCCAACCUCUUGUUACAGAGUUUCUGUCAAUCAAGGUAACGGAGCUGAAAAGCUUGGCAAAUCACGUCAUAGUUGGCAACGUCUCCUGUGAAACAAAAGAUUUGUUUGCAGCCCUGCCUCAGUCUGUUGCUGUGGAUAUCAAUGACCUGGGAACUAUUAAACUCAGCCUAGAGGUCGUUUGGAAUCCAUUUGACAAAGAUGAUCAAACAUCUGCUGCCAGCACUGUCAACAAAGUGCCCACUGUGAACAAACGGUUCUCCACAUACAACCAGAGUCCUCCAGAUACCCCAUCCCUGCGGGAACAAGCCUUUUAUAAUAUGCUGCGCAGACAGGAAGAAUUGGAGAAUGGUGCAGCUUGGUCCAUCUCCUCUGAUUCUUCAGAUGGUUCUUCCAGCCCACAGCUCUCGACCAGCAUUAGACAUUCUCAGAAAACACUGGUGCAGCCAGAAAUACAGGGAGUAGUCCCUAGAAUCACUAUAACAUUUGCACAAACUGAGGAUCCUCAGGCAGCCAGGCUUGAGGCUGCCGAACAGCGAAUGGAGGAGGCAGAGGAAGAGCAGGAGACUGUAAAACAUGCAAUAUUUAAUGGAACUGUACCAGUUUCCCGCACACUCAGCCAUAUCAGUGAGGCAAGCAUAGAUGCUGCAAUGGACUUGACUGCUGCAAUGAGCACUGAGCCAGAGCCACAGAUCAUUGCCAUAUCGAAUUUACUAGAGUCUUCCCAAGUCCCAGAGGCAGAAGCAGAUCAGCCUGUAACUGAGGAUACUGUCAACAAGACACUACCAUCUGAAUCUUCACCAGAAAAGUCAAAAAUCCCAGAAAACACAUGUAAGCUGACAGCGGAAACUGACACUGUUUCUGUUGCUGCUGUACCAGUGGUUCAGAAUGCUGCCUGUACGGAGGAUAAAACAAAAUUGAAUGAUCAGAAAACUGGGCCAACGGAGUAUGGAAAGGUGAAACCUGUGGAUGCUGGGAUCGAGGAUGCUCUGAUGACAUUAAAUUCAACACUAGAUGAUUAUCGUGGCCAGUUCCCGGAACUCCAGAAGUUAGAGCUGGAGGUAAAACAUUUAGAGGAAGUGCUGAUGCAGAGGCAGGGUGUGACCAGGAGCAGAACUUCCAGUAUCAGCCUAACUGUGGAGCAUGCAUUGGAGAGCUUCGACUUCCUCAACACGUCUGACAUGGAGGAUUCAGAAUUCUCAGAAGAUGAGGCAGAGAAGAUGGGAAGGCGCAGCAAUAAUGUGCGUGGACCCGCUGCAGGGCCCAGUGAAGCACUAACAGAGGAUACUGGAGUUGGCAGUGGUUCUGAGGGGAGUCCAGUUCCAAUGACAACAGGGAAUGAACACUUGGACCAGGUUCUGAUUGUGCACUUGAAUAACUGCAGCAGACUUCUACUGCAAUUGGGUAUCUACGGACCACUACGAUGCCGGGAGAUUUAUGCACUGGACAAGCUCCUAAGGGAGGCGCAUGUUCUAGAGAGAGUGUCCAGACUGAGUGAGGAGAAAUCUGGGAACAUAAGCACUGCCGAGGAGGUCAUGCCACUGCUGAAAGAUAAAACGGUCUUUUCUUUCUGGACACACUGUACCGAGGGCUCGAACCUGUUUAGCGCCACAGUCCAGCGCGUUUUGCAGAAGCUGAACUCAAGCUUUGGGAGCAAAGUGAACGAGCACUACUCUGGCCCAGCAGAAGCAGUUUUCAUUAAACUAGUGGAAAGGUUUUUGGACAGAACGUUGCCAAAACGUGCUCGAAGUGGAAAUGUGGAACUCCUGACUAUCUUCCAAUACUUGAGUCACAUUGAGGAGCAGAAUGUGCCCUCCUUACCUGCCUAUAUCAUGGAGGUAGCAGAUGAAGUAUUCUUGGUUCAGAAUCUACAAUCCUCUGAUAGGGAUGUGGUAUUGAAGAAUCUGAAAUAUCUCUCAGGGACCCAGCUCCAGAAAGAUGGUCUAAAAGCUGUUGGUUUGCUUUUGUUGGAGGACAACACCAAGAUCUGCAACACUGCUGCCUCUGUGCUGAAAAACCUGUCAGAAGAUUCCAAAUUCAGAGAGAAGGCUCUGGUUUGUUACUUGGAACUGCUUGAGGAUGAGGAUGAACAGCUGAGAAAAGUUGGAUGCACAGCACUAGCACAUCUAAAGGCCAAAGAGAGUAUUGAUCAACUAGUCUACCUUUGCCAGACUGAUAAAGAAGUUCGUGAUGUUGCUAAACAAACCCUCCUAACUUUUGGUGAAGAAGGUAAAAUUGCCUACAGACAGAUGGAAGAAUCACUGGACAGUAUGCAGAUGCUCCUGGGAUCAGUCAGUAUGGCCAGUACAGCUUUCUAACUGGAGGUGCUUAAUAUUUAUCAAAGAAAAUGGUCAGCGUCUUCCUGUAAAGAGCUUCUGAAGCAACAUGGCUUUCUCUUUCAAACGGUCAAGUAAUCUAAAAGCGAAGCUACACCUGAGUUUCUAACUUUUUUUAAUACUUAAGAUGUAGCAGCGUGCAUAACUGUCCCUAGGUUUGGGAGUGGGCUUGGGGGAAGAGGGGAAAUGCUACCAUAUGGAAGAGUCACUUUCAGUUGUUUCCCAAAGUAUCUGGGAAACAGUGGCAUAGUGAUGCCAAUUCAUCGCAUGAAUGCACAUGUUUUGACAAAAGAAAUCCCAAAAGCCAACACAGAGAAGAUCUCCUGGUGAAAGAAACUGACCAAAUUGGGACUCGGUGGAAAUGCACUUUGAACAAUUGAAUGUGUGAAUAAUCCACAUAAGAGUGGUUAACCUUGACGGAGGAAAGACCCUGGCAGACAGAUGACUUUAAAAGCCACAGCUGAAAUAUUUACCUAAAAUUCUGCAUGUCUUGCUUCUUGGAGGCAGGAAGCUCAAGUGCUGCUUCACGACCAAGUGCCUAGUGUUAUGGUGGAGAGCAUACAAGUAUUACUUGUACAAUAAACAGGUCCAAUCUUUUUUAUUUAAUGUUGAAUUAAACUGCAGUAAGGAGAUAAACUGCAGCUUUGAGUUUGUAAACCGGUCUUACUAUUUUCCACAUGGUGCAGUAAAUAGAUAUACCUUGAUUUUCUAUAUAAAUGUAUUAUGUAAGUAAAAGUGAAUUGUGAUCGUAAAUAAAAUUUCAUUAAAUGCAAUGCUGUAAUAUCCUAAAAGUGCAAAUCAU